AUGAGCGAGUCCGGAGAGUCUAGGGAGUCUAGUGAGCAGAGAGACAAGAGCGACACUACAGAGCCUAGCGACGAGGAGAUGCUGCCUGACAAGCCCCUGUCUGGGAAAACGGUGCAUUUCCUGGAUGGUGAGAAGAGUACACCGCAGCCUAAGGAGCCAGGCGAGCCAAAGGAAAAAGAUGGCCUGGCUCCGGAGAUCUACGAACCCAAGGACGUGAAGCCCAGUAAGCCGGACGAGGGUGCCCAAAGCACUGGCCCAAAAAAUCCGGAGAAGACUGAUAAACAAAAGGCACAAGACUUGGUAGCAGGACUCUACCCAAAAAAAAACUCUAAGAUACGCCAGUUCCGAGAUAUCAACCGCUACGCGUUUGGAGUAGUGAACAGCAAGAAUGCAAUCCGGGACGGACUCAGAACAGGUUUUCACAGUACUAAGGAGGAAGGAAUGAAAGCGCUCGUCGAGAUGUUAGAGAAAGCGAAGAGAGCGGAUGAGCGGGCGCGAAGGGAGGCAAAGCGGCAUAAUAUGGUGAAACCGCGGUGA